UGGGCCGGGUCGCCGGGAGCGCGCCUGUUGUAGGUUACGCCUCUGCAGUCUACGGCGUUCAGUGGUGCGAAGGUUUUAACUGAGGGUUCUGACUUGGCGCGGUUCAGCAUUGCUGCUGAAGGUGUAAUAGAUGUGAACACCGCUUUACUAGAGGUGCUGAAGACCGCCCUCAUCCAUGAUGGCCUUGCACGUGGAAUCCGCGAAGCUGCCAAAGCCUUAGACAAGCACCCAUCUUUGUGUGCUUGCAUCCAACUGUGAUGAGCCUAUGUAUGUCAAGUUGGUGGAGGCCCUUUGUGCUGAACACCAAAUCAACCUAAUUAAGGUUGAUGACAAGAAGAAACAGGGAAUGGGUAGGCCUUUGUAAAGUUGACAGAGGGGAAACCCCAUAAAGUGCUUGGUCACAGUUGUGUAGCAGUUUAGACUCACUGUUGACUCAUGGCUUCACUAGAAGAGAAAGUAAAUUGUGUUCUUUGGUUAAUUGAACUAAAAUCUACUGCUGCUGUCCAAAGAAGGUUUAGAACACAUUACAAUAAAGAAGCACCACACAGGAAUUCCAUAUCCAAGUGGAUGAAAAAAUAUAAAGAAACGGGCUCUGUCAAUGAUAAACCACGGUCUGGUAGGCCACGUGUUAGUGAAGAAAUUGUAGCGUCUGUAGAGGAAACCUUUGAGGCAAGUCCAAGAAAGUCAUUAAGACAGGUAUCACUAGAGCUGAGGCUUCCAAGGUCUACCGUGCAGAAGAUUCUGCGGACAAGACUUCACACAAAAGCAUACAGACUUCAAGUGCAUCAAAUGUUAGAAGAGGAUUAUCAUGCACGACUAACUUUCUGCCACCAGUUCAAUGAAAAACUUAGCAAUGAUGACACAUUUUUGAGUAAUUUAAUGUUCUCUGGUGAAGCAACAUUCCAUGUUAGUGGCAAGGUUAACAGGCAUAAUUGCCAUAUUGGGGGAACUGAAAAUCCACCUGAGUCUGUUGAACAUGAAAGAGAUUCUCCCAAAGUUAAUGUGUGGUGUGCUUUGGGAAAAAAUCAAGUCAUAGGGCCAUUCUUUUCUGAAGGGUGUGUUGUUAAUGGUGAUAGCUAUUUAGAAAUGCUGCAAAAUCACUUCAUUCCUCAGCUUGAACAAUUAGGACUCAUGGAGAAUAUAGUGUUUCAACAAGAUAGUGCUCCUUGUCACUUUGCUUUGCAAGUUAGACAGUUUCUACAUGAAAAAUUCCCUAACAGAUGGAUUGGAAGAGGUGGACCAUUUUCUUGGCCUCCACAUUCUCCAGAUUUGACUCCAUUGGACUUCUUUUUAUGGAGGCAUGUGAAAACUAAUGUUCAUUCAACCAAACCUCAAUCUUUAGAAGACUUGCAAGCUAGGAUAACUGAUGUGAUUGCUGGUAUUACUGAAAAUCAGCUUGAAAAUGUUUUCCUGGAACUACAGAAUCGCAUUACCCUCUGCAUUGGUAAUGAUGGUAGAUGUGUUGAAAAUUAGCAAUAACAAUAAAAAAUGUGUUUCUUUUUUUUUAACCCCUUUUACAGAUUCUAUCACAUACUUAACAAAGUUACAACUAUUUAAAAUUGCACAUGAACUUUAUGGACACCCUGUAUAGAAGGGUGAAUGCCAGCAGAGAAGAGAAGUUGGAAGGAUAUAUAUCAAAGUGUUAACAGUUCCGAAAAGGUUUUCAUUGGCUCAUUUGCUUUUCUGUUCUCUUUAGUCAACAUGUAUUGCUUUCGUAGUGAGAAUUGUUUAAUUGAAGAAAUAAUGGUACGGUACAUUCUUGGAGUUAAUUUUGAGCGUCAUUAAUGUACUAAUUUUUUUAACUUUGUUUUGUGAAUCAAAUGAAUUUAUUAUCUACUUGUCCAGUAAAAUCAUGUUUGUAUUAUAAAACAGAACUACUUAAAAAAAACUGAAUUCAUACCUGGCCAGUAGAGGGCAGUGAGAAGCUGAUGGCAGGGAGGGACCUGUCACUGAAAAAUAGGAAGAUUAAUAGAUAAGAAGCACUGUAGUGGGUUCUCCAGAGUGCCAGUGGCAUCGUAGCUCACAGCAACUUCAAACUCU